UCAAUACAUUGUUGUCAGGUGUCUUUACAACACUCCUGUAAAAACAGCACAGAGCCGACCUUCCUGUUCAGGUGUCAUUUGUCGAAGUUUGUUUGCAGUCACGGAACUUCCCUGUUCUCCGCGAUAUGACCCUUGGAUAACUUUGCUCUGGCUGUUUAAAUUUAGGUGAACUUUUCAAGCCUUGAGACAUUAAAUAUUGUGUAAAUCUGCACCUGCUUUAGAGAUGGAGAAGGAGGCGGUGUUGCAUGAGGCUGGCCAGGCAGAUGGUGCAGACGGAGCUGCGCCGCCACAGAGCUUCACAGGUGCUUGUUGUCAUGGAGGAGCAAAGAUGGCGGUCCUGGCCUAUAGCCUGGGCAAACGAGAAAUAAAUCAACAUUUCACCAUUAAAAAUGCCAAAUUGAUAUCGGUGUUGGUCGUCAUUCUGCUCCUUGUGUUCCACACGGCUUCUCGGUAUUAUGGCGGUGGAGACUCCUGUGAAUGGCUGCUGUCCAGAGGACGCUACUUGGGGGAGAACGUAUGGCAGCCGUAUGGCUGCAUGAUGCACAAAUACAAAAGCACUGAAGCCAAAACCUGUCUAGCCCAAAAGCGGGUGGUCUUUGUCGGUGAUUCAAGAAUUAGGCAGCUAUUUUACUCCUACAUCAAACUUAUUGAUCCAGAACGAAGAGAAGAUGGAACCAAGCACGAGGACAUUUCCUUUGAAGACACUACUUCCUCUGUUUAUGUGGACUUCCUGUGGUAUCCAGAGGCAAAUAACUCCAUGAAAGAGCGUUUGAUAGCGUGGACACAUGAAGCUUCAGCAAAGCCAGAUGUGUUGGUCAUUGGAGCUGCCACAUGGUCUAUCAAGUUCCACAUGGGCAGCAGCGAGGCCCUGCAGCAGUACAAAGUCAACCUGACAGCCAUGGCCGCGCCCCUGGAGAAGCUGGCUGAGCACGGAGAGGUCUACUGGGUCCUACAAGACCCUGUGAAUGAGGAGGUGUUGAGUGACAACAGGAAAAUGAUCACCAAUCAGCAGCUCGAGUUUUACAACGAAGCAGCGGUCGAUGUGUUCAACGGCAGCAAGCGCAACGGCAGGUCCCGGGUCAAGCUGUUUGCCGCGUCCCGUCAGGCUGCUCUGGAAACCAUCACCAAAUCAGACGAUGGCUUGCACCUACCUGCGAGCACCAUGAAUGUGGGAGCCAUGGUCCUCAUGAACUCUGUGUGCAACAAAAUACUGAGGCCCAUAGACGGCUCCUGCUGCCAGACCCUACCACCUCCAAACCUCCUCCAGAAGCUGUCAGCAUGUUUCUUCCUGGGCUGUGCCGUGCUCUUCCUGGUCCUGCACGUCCUUGGCAACAACCGUCACCGCCGACCUGUGCCCCCGGAUGUGGAGAGCCUGGAGGAGAAGAAGCCGGUGACUGCAGCUGCACCCCUGGGCCCAAAAGCGCCCGUCCUGGCCAUCUGCAGGAUGGGCAUCAUCAUGGGUUAUUUUUACCUGUGUGACAGAGCUGAUGUGUUCAUGAAAGAGCAGAAGUUCUACACACACUCUACGUUCUUCAUCCCUCUCAUCUAUAUAUUUGUCCUGGGGGUGUUCUACAAUGAGAACAGCAAAGAGACCAAAUUACUCAACCGAGAGCAAACAGAUGAGUGGAAAGGCUGGAUGCAGUUAGUGAUCCUUAUCUAUCACAUAUCUGGAGCCAGUGCUUUCAUUCCAGUUUACAUGCAUGUGCGUGUGCUGGUGGCAGCGUAUCUCUUUCAGACCGGUUAUGGACACUUUUCUUUUUUCUGGCUCAAAGGAGACUUUGGACUCUAUAGAGUUUGCCAGGUACUUUUUCGUCUAAACUUCCUGGUCCUGGUUUUGUGUGUUGUUAUGGACAGACCCUACCAGUUCUACUACUUUGUUCCACUGGUCACCUUCUGGUUUGUGGUCAUCUACUCCACACUGGCCAUGUGGCCGCAGAUCCUUCAAAAGAAGGCAAACAAUAGCGGCAUUUGGCACCUCGGUAUCUUGGCAAAGUUGCUGGGUCUUAUGUUGUUCAUCUGCGUCUUUGCUUUUUCCCAGGGUCUCUUCGAGGGUGUCUUCUCUGUAUGGCCCAUCUCCACGCUCUUUGAGCUGAACGGGAGCAUCCACGAGUGGUGGUUCAGGUGGAAGCUGGACCGAUUUGCGGUGAUACACGGCAUGUUGUUUGCCUUCAUCUAUCUGGUGCUGCAGAAGUGCCAGGUGUUGUCUGAGGGGAAGGGAGAGGCCCUCUUCCCUGCCAAGGUCUCCAACCUGCUCCUCUUUCUGUCAGUCGUCUUCUUCAUUACUUACUCAAUAUGGGCGAGCGGCUGCAAAACCAAAACGGAAUGCAACGAGAUGCAUCCUUACAUUUCUGUGGUCCAGAUUUUGGCCUUCAUUCUCAUCAGGAAUAUUCCUGGUUAUGCCCGCUCUAUUUAUAGCUCAUUCUUUGCCUGGUUUGGAAAGAUCUCCUUGGAGCUGUUCAUCUGUCAGUACCACAUCUGGCUGGCUGCAGACACUAAGGGGAUUCUAGUCCUCAUCCCAGGAAACCCUUCACUCAACAUCAUGGUCAGCACCUUCAUCUUUGUGUGUGUGGCUCACGAGGUCUCUCUCAUCACCAACGACCUGGCUCAGGUGGUCAUCCCUAAAGACACCGUGGCCCUGUUAAAAAGGCUGGGGGCCAUGGGGGUCUGCAGUCUGGUUUUCUUGCUGCUGGCCAGAGGCAGCCAACCCACACCCUGAUGAGUACCUCUUGGUGGAGGGUGGGGUGGCCAUGCUAGGUUUGGAACCAGAUUGUAACCUGGAGCAGCAGGCUCAGUUUUUAAUGUACUGGUGGCUAAAGGAGACAUCCUCUGUUGUUUUGAGGAAGAACAAUGUCUAAGGCCGGCCCAGCUCUGAGCCAGGACUCUCAUCUCUUGACUGCUGUGAAAGUCGUACACUGAAGAAAAUAAAAAUGCCCAAGUAAGGGUGAGGCUGCUCCUUACAAGGCAUGUUUCAAGAGAAAAAAAAGUUUACAAUCUGUGGAUUCAAACGAAGUGCAAAGAAAACAUUUGGGGAUGUUGGAUUUUAAACAAAGAGGUCCUCUUCUUUCAAAACCUCAUGCUUGGUGUGUGAAAUUCUGCCUCUUUUUAGCCAAACACAUUAACAAGAAGUUAAUUUUGUGUCAUACAGUACUUCCUGUUGUUGCUCCACUCUGGGAGGGAUCACUAGGCACACACUCCGUCCACAUGACAGUAGCAGCUAAAGGCGAUUCACUCAGGUGGAUCCAUACACUACAUAUUCAGAUAUCUACAAGAAACGUUCAGAUUGUGCUGCAUUUUAUUACAAACGUUACUUUGUACAGUAUUUACAGUGACUUUCUAAAAAGAUUAGAUAUCUAAAUAUGCAAAAUAUGGACCAACAACUGGGCUUGGGUGAGAAAAACUGUCAGGAAUUAAGUUGGAGUGCAACUCGCUUCCCGUUGACACACUUUCGCUCAUUUUUGUCAGUAAUUUUAGAAAUGUUUGCCUUGUGCUGAGAGGUAUUGUGGCCACCUGCUGUAGCUCUGAGAUUCUAUGUGAUGUGUACAGUAUUUAAUGAUUUAAAUUAAGCUUCUAUUUUAUACACUUUCUUUUGUUUUGGCUUUGUUUUCUUUUGUACUUUGAGCUCAUGACUGCUGUUUGUGAAGGAAGUAUUAACAUAGUUUUGUACCCAUCCCAGCAUCUCAUAGAUGAUGACCUGCCUCAGAGACACGUUGCAGAGGUUGAGCCUUUACAGUUCAACUCCUGUCUGCUCACUUCAUAGUAAAUGUAUAUUUGUACAAUAGAGUGCAAGACUUUAUUUUAUACAGCAACGCUUUGGCAGUGUUUUGUAUUCCUCUAAUAUUCCUUUGCCGUUGCUUGCACACAUUACUCUACAAUAGGACUAACAGCAACAUUUAUUACAGAGCCGGUGAAGCUUCAUUCUACGAGUGAGUGAGUGAGUGAGUGAGUGAACAAGUGAUGCCUUUGAACGCUUCUCUCAGUGGCUUGUUCACAUGUACUUUGUCACAUCUCCUAAUGAGCCUGGGAUCACAGUCUUCUGUCUGUUUGCCACUUUGCAUCAGAGAGCCACAUCAACAUAAAGAAUGCACUGACCGUCCCGAUGAAACAUUACUGUUGCUUCAAGGAAACUAUUGUAUAUUUUGUCAGUUGACAAAUGGGCGACGUGUAUUGUGCCUCUAUAUUCCCACAGACAUCUAAGAGAGAUUAGCACUUUUACUGUAAACCUGCAGUUUUGUCAUCUUUGCAGUGAAUAUAAUGUUUAAUAUAAUACUGGGGCAGAUACUUUCUGCACUUUGUAUGAAUUUGUGUUGCAUACUUGGUUGUAAAGAUUGAAGCCACAAUGGGUUUCUUCACAUUAAUGUUGAUUUCAAAAGAAAAGAAAAAAAACAUGGGUCCACCGAGGAUGGUUUACCUCUUAUGCGGAACAGUUUGUUUUCGAAUUUCCCUGCCAUUUAAUCAAUGAUGUGCUGUUUAUGUUUUCAAACUGCAUAAGCGCCAAUUAAAAUAGUAAUUUCUCUAACAAGUCAACGCUUCAUCAUGUUGAAAGGAAGUUCACUGCUCCUUUUCCUUAUCAUGUACUGCUCUACAGCUAUGAAUUUGGUAAUUGUUUCAGGCCUUCAGUCUUUUUGGUCAUGUAAAAGCAACAACUAUUUAUACCCGUGUGCAGGGCCUAUUUGAAAUAUGUUACAUGUAAAUCUUUUUGUGAUGUCUUAAAAUGUGAAAUGUAUCCAAAUUAUUUAUAAAUGCCUUUAUUCUGUUGUACAUUGUUAAUAAUACCUUCAUAAAAGGA